AUGCAUGGGCCUCAAGAGUGGUUCAUCAGAUUCAAAGAAGAGUUUGUGAAGAAGAAGACCAAGACCCCAGCAAGAAAGGUGUAUCAGUCUCAGGCUCGUGAUGAGACUCCCUCAAAUGUUCCUGUUUUUGAGGAUGUCACUGAUGAAGAAGAGCUUUCUGCUGAAAACUCUCCCAUUGGUCUCGAUCAAGAUGCUGUGCCCGAUGCUAGGGCUUCUAUACCUGAAGAUAUCCCUGAUCAAGAAACUUCUGGGAAGGAAUCCACUGCUCAUGAAGAUUCAGGUGUACCCACUCAAUCUCAUGGGUCUUCUUCUCCUUCAAAAGAGGAUGAAUCGGUGCAUGUGUCCACUGAUGAUUCUCAGUCCAAGGAAUCAAGCCAGACUCCUGCUUCUGUUCAGAACAUCUCUGAUGAUGUUCCUUCAACUGCUUCUUUGCCUGAUAGUGUUGCUGCCAGGAUCAAGAGAAAAAGAAGGGUUCCUGAUGUUGAAGAAUCUCCUGCUCCAAAGAAAAAGGCCAAGUCCACUCCAACAACUUCCAGGUCUAAGCAAAAAGUUGUGAAGGGAAAAGGUAAGCAACAUGAAGUUAAAUCCAAGAGUGUCAAGGAAAAGAAGGUUCUAGUUGCUGCUGAGGAAUCUGGGUCAGAUGUUGAAGCUGAUGUCGAGGACAUCUUGCCUUCUGAGAAGAAGAAGUAUGCAGGAAAACACAUUCCUCAGAAUGUUCCUGCUGUACCCAUUGAUAAUGUUUCCUUUCAUGCUGAAGGUCAUGUUCAAAAGUGGAAGUAUGUGUGUCAACGCAGAAUUGCCAAGGAAAGGGAUGUUGGCUCUGAUGUACUUGAGUGCAAGGAAGUGGUUGCACUUAUUGAAAAGGUUGGAUUGAUGAAGACUAUUCUCAAGGUGGGAAGGUGUUAUGAGAGGCUUGUGAAGGAAUUUCUGGUGUUUGUGAGGGCUAAAUGUGUUGAGUUCUCUCCUACUGUGAUCAACAAAGCACUUGGUAGAAGUGUUGUUGAUUUUGUUGAUGAGGAAUUGUCCUUGGAUGUGGUUGCCGAGGAGAUUACUGCUGGCCAAGUCAAGAAGUGGCCCAUCAAGAAGUUGUUGUCUACUGGAAAUCUGACUGUGAAGUAUGCAAUCCUUAAAAGGAUUGGAGUUACAUUGAGGCAUGCUGACACUUGUGUUGUGAAGCUCCCAAUCUCUUUUCCAUCUCUUCUUACAGAGAUCAUUCUCCAACAGCAUCCUCAGAUCAUCAGGGCUGAUGAGGUUGCUAUGCCCAAGGGUGUUCCAAUUACCCUGGAUCAUCGUUUGUUCAUGGAGCCACAUGUCCCGGACAUUGCUGUGCCAUUUAGCAGGACUUAUGUCCCUGCUUCUGUGAGUGACUCUGACACUAAGGCCAUUAUUGCUGAAUUGAUGGAUGUUUCUAAGGCUUUGCAGGAGACUAUCAAGAUCAGCACUGCUAGGAAGAUAAAGGUUGAUGCUUUGCUUCUCAAGCUUCAAGAGGAAGAAGGUCAAGAGGGUGAGCCAAGUGGUGCUGCUACUGCUCCUCAUGAUGCAGGCACUGAAGAAGAGGGAGAAUCCGAAGAAAGUAUAGAAGAAACUGAAGGAGACUCCAGUUCUGAAGAUUAG